AUGCCUCCAAAAAAUCCAUUCAAGCGGGGUGGUGGCUCCAGAAAAGGUCGAGGUCAGCGAAAAACAACCUUUACUCUUAGGGAUGAACCCUCCGACUCUGAACGUCAAGCGAUGGUCUCAACGACUAGAUUGAGGGCACAGGACACCACUCCCCGAGCAGCAUCACCCACCCCACUCUCCUCCCAGUCUAUAGAGGGGUCUUCAUCCUCCACAUCUGCUGAUGCUAGCGAGGCAGCAACAGAGCAACCAGCCGCUCCUAAGAGAAAUUCAGAUGAGGAACACGAGCGGCUGCAGCUGCAAAAGAUGGAGGUAGCUGCAAUCCAAUUCCCCUAUGAGGGGUGCCGAAAGUUGGCCCAGGUGAGGCACAUUGAUACAUUUGCAACUACUCUCCCCGCAACAAAGGUGUGUGACAUCACACGAAGUAGGGAUGAGACUCUCCGUAAAUCUCAGGCCACCAGUACUUCAUUGCUAGAUCUCAUGGAUGAGCAGACUGAGCAUGUUAUGGAUUCAGUACCACAAGGCACAGGUGAUAUAGGCACGGAAGGACUAUCCACAACAGAGGCCUCCACAUCAUCUGUAGUUGAUGCUACCCCUUCUUCAGAGGCACCACCUCGGCCUGCUGUCCCAUCUUCAUCUCCUAUUCCUACGUCAGCCGCAGCAUCGGCUUCCGAGGAUCUCUUUGUCCUCAACAGAGCCAACUUCAGAAAGUUUGCCAUCACGGCAGAGCGUGCUGAUCAGCAGGUGACCUGGAUAUUACAGCAGUUGGGUAGAUUUGUCCGGAAAGAGAUUGCACCAGAGUUGGAGCCUUUUCAGGAGGCUAUGGAGAGGCAUCACGCUAGGGUAAAUGCGCGACUUGACAGUUUAGAGAUGCGGAUACUCACUAUUGAGAAGAAGAGUGAGUGUGGUAAUUCGGGAGAUUUGAAGACCGAGCUUGACCGGCUCCGAGCUGAGAUUACGGCCCUUCGGACAAGAGAGCAGGUUAUUGUGGAUGACCCGACACAACCUGCACCGGUCGCCAGCAUUUCAGAUUUGAUUAGAGUAGUUGACUUGCCACAGGGCCAGUCAGCUCCACCUCUUCAGUCCACUAAGCCAGCAGUAGAGAGGGCUCCCAUUAUCACCGCUGCGGAGGAGACACCUCAGCAGCAACAGCAGGAUUAG